AUGGCGAACGACCCCAUGCGAGUGAAGCUGGAGCAGCUUGAGGCUCUUUCGGGAGAAGCCGAGAACGACCCGGUGAAGUUCGGGCGGCUUCUGAACACCGCUAUGAGGGCGGGGGACACUCAGCAGACGGAGGCCACGAUCGACGCGCAAGAGGAGCAGGACCUGAUGAAAGAACUCGAGUCUCAGCUCUACGGCUGCGAAAUGGACGCCCAGCCGACCCAGUACGAUCUGCCACCUGCUGACUUGCAGACAGAAGGUACAAAGGAUGGCUUUGAUGCCACGUUGGAGCAUCUCAUGCGUGAGGUCGGGCUCGAGGAACGCGAGGACGAUGCGAUCACAAAAUCUCCAAAGCGAGAGCUUGAAAAUGAUUUUGCCAGGGUCGCCAAGGAAGUGGAGGAUGAAACCAGGUUGGCCAAGGAACAGGAUGAUGCCUGGCGGAAAAAAGCUGAGCAAACAAGAUUGGCCCAAGAAAGGGAGGAAGCUGAGAAAGCCAGCAGAAUGGCGAAGGAAAGGGAGGAAACUGAGAAAGCAAGGUUGGCCAAGGAAAAGGAAGAAGCUGAGAAAGUAAGCAAAAUGAUCAAGCAAAUGGAGGAAGCUGAGAAAGCCAGGUUGGCCAAGGAAAGGGAGGAAGCCGAGAAAGCCAUCAGAAUGGCGAAGGAAAUGGAGGAAGCCAAGCUGGCCAAGGAAAGGGAGGAAGCUGAGAAAGCCGGGAUGGCCAAGGAAAGGGAAGAAGCCGAGAAAGCCAUCAGAAUGGCGAAGGAAAUGGAGGAAGCCAAGCUGGCCAAGGAAAGGGAGGAAGCUCAGAAAACCAGGGUGGCCAAGGAAAUGGAGGAAGCCAAGUUGGCCAAGGAAAGAGAGGAAGCUGAGAAAGCCAGGUUGGCCAAGGAAAGGGAGGAAGCUGAGAAAGCCAGGUUGGCCAAGGAAAGGGCGGAAGCUGAGAAGGCCAUCAGAAUGGCGAAGGAAGUGGAGGAAGCCAAGUUGGCCAAGGAAAGGGAGGAAGCUGAGAAUGCCAGGUUGGCCAAGGAAAGGGAAGAGUUCAGGCUGGCAAGAUUGGCCAAGGACAAGGAGGAGGCCGAACAGAUGAGAUCGGCCAAGGACAAGAGCGACCGUGAGAAAGUCAGGCUGGCCAAGGAAAAGGAUGACGCUGGUAAAGCCAACGUGGAGGUCGACAUGGCAACACAGGCGACAGAAAAGUACCAGGCUUUGCCGAUGAACGCGCCAAAGUUGCAAAAGCUACAGGUCUUGCAGGACAUUAUGGCUACUGGGGAUGAGGGUUGCAAGCAGUUCUGCAAGGCUGAGCUUGCAAAACUGAUCACGGCGAAGGCAACAACGUCAGCUCCGGCCCCUGCUACCAGGGAUGCCGAUCCUCCGGCCCCUACCACCAGGGGUGCCGAUCCUCCGGCCCCUACCACCAGGGGUGCCGAUCCUCCGGCCGUUACCACCAGGGGUGCCGUUCCUCCCGCCCCUAAUGCCCCGACCUUUGAUGAUGUCAGUGCGAAGAUGGGUUGGUCAAGUCCUGUAACCCCACGCAUGGUGGAGGCACCUGGUACGCCAUCUCCUGCAAGGCCCGGCAGUGCAAGCACAACGCCUGGCAGUGCAAAAACAACGCCUGGCAGUGCAAGCGACGGCUUGGUCCAAGGUUCUGCGCCACUCUACAGCCGAAAGAACGCCGCCAUGUUCUUGAAUCGCCUGAAAGGCAACCCAAAGAGGACGCAAGCCUUGCCUGAUAACUUGGCAAAGUUGGUGCGGGACGAAGAUUCAAAGAGCAAAGCCAUCGACUUGAUCGUCGCUGCAGGAGGAGACGAAAAUGAGCUGGUCGGGCAGUGGACUGCAUCGUCCAUUUCUGUGGCGACGGACAAAGAAAAGGGAAAGAUGAAACCUUUGACGGAACAGGAAUUGAUCGGCAAGUACGGUGCGGUCAAUGCUGCGAAGGUGAUGGAGGAAAAAGGAAGCACAUUCACUGCUUCCGGAAAAGUUCGUGCGGGUGACGCUGCCAACGUUGCACAAAUUCUCAGUGUGCCCCGGCGGGCGCUCACGGGGCCCGGCCAGGAUGAUGAGGAGACUAUGGACACGGAGGAGGACCCAAAGCCACUUCCGAACAAAAAAACAAGGAAAGCCAGGAAAAAUGAAGCCAGCGGCAAAGGGAACGACGAAGACGAUAAACCUGACCCAGAAGCACCACGAGUGGAGAAACUUACACCGCUGGACAAGGCGGCAGACUUAAGGGGGCGGGCCCUCUCGAAGGCCAACCAUGCUGGCUCGAUGCGGAAGCAGUUGAAAGCAGUCAGCUAUGCGACUGAAUGCCUCAAGGAGAUGACCCACUUCGAGCAGGAGUUCCAGGCGAUCUACGACCAGGUGGACAAGCUCAUCUCUGAGCUGGUCCACGAUGAUGGGGUCUAUCUUCCCAUUGCUACCAGAUAUCUCGAUAUCGCGAAGCGUUAUGAGAAGCCCAGCAAGCUACCAAACAGCUUGAUCCGAGCUGCGAAGGCGACUCCGAAGGAUCCAACCGCGCCCAAAGGAUCGGCUAAAGCCAAGUCCAAGAAGCGCAAAGCCGUGGAGGGAGCCUAG